AUGAUGACCGAUAUCCGAAUCGCUCAACUAAUCGGCACUCUGGGCUGCGGCAUAACAGCCGGUGGCAUGAUGUGUCUUUCAGCGGUCGCAAUUCCUGCCCUCUCCCUCCCUCCUCGUCAUCCUCUCCCCGCAACCCCUGUCGCCCAUCUCAGUCGCCAGUGGCUUGACGUCUACGAUCGCGGCAAAGAGAUCUUCCUGUCUAUCGCCAUAGUAGCUUCUACGGCAAAUGCCUACCUCGCAUGGAGGCUGCGUGAUGUCCUGGUUUCUGAAGAGGUUGGCUGGAGCUGGAGCUGCCUGUACUUUACAGCUGUCGGGACCACUUUGGGGAUUAUUCCAUGGACAUUGAUAGCGAUGGAGAAAGUCAACGGCCUAUUGAAGGCGCAUGCGGUGAGAGAUGAUGCUUCGACCGCAGAAGGAAGCGGAGGCAUGGUUGUGAGUGAAAAGGAGAAGAAUAUGCGGGCGAAGCAGGAUGAACAGGUGCCGGGCUUGAUGCAGGACUGGGCAUGGCUGAACUUAUGCCGAGCAGUAUUUCCACUUGUUGGGGGUAUGAUUGGUUUCGCUGGGGCGACUUGUAUGGAUUCAAUUUGA